UUUACAAAGUAAUUAGAAAUAAAAUAAAAUUAAAGAUGUCUACGUAUUUUUAUUUCUCCAAAAAAGCGUACCUGACUAACUGUCAACACGCCAAGAACAUUUCGGUAGGAGGGGAUACAUGAGCAGAAGUGUCAAAACUUGGAGUCGUGACACUCUAUACUCUUUUCUGACUUCAACAGUUGGAACUUGGGAAGGAGUAGAACUGUAGAAGAGUAAAAGAUGGAGGAAGAAGGAGAAGAAGAAGCUAGUCUUAGAAGCUUUCUUCGAUGGGCAGCGGAGCAGGGGAUCACAGACAAUCUCUCAUCUUCCACCCAAUCGCGCUCCUGUCUGGGCCACUCCUUGUUCGUCUCCCAUUUCCCCCAAGCUGGAGGGAGAGGCUUGGCGGCGGCUCGUGAUCUACGCAAAGGGGAGUCGAUUCUCCGAGUUCCAAAAUCUGCUUUGAUCACGGCGGAGAGUCUGGGGAAGGAAGACGAAUCUCUCUCUAGGGCGCUGCGGAAUCACACGUCUCUCUCAUCUUCUCAGAUAUUGGCACUUGCUUUGCUGAAUGAAGUGAACAAGGGAAAGAGUUCUUGCUGGCACACUUAUUUGAAGCAGUUGCCACAAAGUUAUGACACCCUUGCUUAUUUUGGUCAUUUUGAGAUCCAGGCAUUGCAGGUGGAAGAUGCUAUCUGGUCUGCAGAAAGGGGUGUGCAGAAGGCCAAGGUAGAGCUGAAAGAAGUUAGUGCUUUAAUGCGUGAAAUCAAACUUAAGCGUCAUCUAAUGACAAGUAAGGCAUGGCUUUGGGCUUCUGCAACUAUAUCAUCUCGUACGAUGCACAUACCAUGGGAUACCGCUGGCUGUUUAUGCCCCGUUGGAGAUUUCUUCAAUUACGAUGCACCUGGAGGAGUGGAAAACACCGAAGGUCUCUUUAACGGCCCAGAUGAUCUUUGUGGCAGUACUGUGACACGGCUAAUUGAUGCCGGAUAUGAAGAGGAUCACAAUGCUUAUUGCUUCUAUGCUAGAAGAAACUACAGAAAAGGAGAACAGGUUCUUCUGAGCUACGGAACGUACACAAACUUGGAGCUUCUAGAACAUUACGGCUUUCUGCUGAUGGACAAUCCAAACGACAAAGCGUUCAUUCCAUUGGAACCAAACAUGUAUCGACUGUGUUCGUGGUCUAGCGAUUUGGUCCACAUUCACAACGGCGGGAACCCAUCAUUUGCCUUACUCUCCACUCUUCGUCUAUGGUGGGCCCCACAAAACACACGGAAGUCGGUCGGGCAAAAUGUCUAUUCGGGAAAACAACUCUCUCCCGCGAAUGAAGUCUCUGUAAUGGAGUGGAUCUCAGACAAGUGUCGAGCAUUGUUGGAAAAACUCCCCACAUCGAUCGAGAGCGACAAGAACUUGCUCGACUUCCUAGAGAAGGUUCUAGAAGAUCAUAAAAUGGAGGUUAGGGAAAUGCCUCAAGAGUUGUUGGGUUUCUAUGAGAGCAAGAAGUUGAGUGGAGAAGAAGAAGCUUGUGUGAUCACUAGGAAAAGGUCUUUUGAGAGAUGGAAGUUAGCUAUUAAGUGGAGAUUGAAUUUCAAGGCCAUAUUAUUUGACUGUAUUUCAUAUUGUACAUAUAAUAUAGAUGAAAUCCUUUCUCAAAAUUAUUUAAGGGAAUGAACUUGCAUGAACGUGUUCAGCCGGGCGUAGACCAUUACAGCAUGAAAAAGCUUUCUUUGAGAAUAUUUGUGAAUGAACGACUAGGUGAGUG